CAGCAGCGUACGCCGCCGGGAGACAUCAAUGGUGGAGUACGCGUCCAUUCAGGGAAAGGUCUGAGAGAGACCGUUACUGGGGCUUACAUGGAGAGCUGAAACUGAAUAUGAGGCUAACGUCCUUAAUGAUGCACAUAUCUCCGGUUCUGCUAUUUAUUUUGUAUGUAUAUAUCGGAUUUUCUGAAGCUGCACCCCGCAUCAGUCCCUACGAUGCGUCGCCUAUCUCCAGGAAGCCCGGCUCAGCCUCCGACACCUGGGAGACCUUCCACACCGACAUGCCUCCGACUUUACCCGAGAGCACGUUCACUCUCGGGCCUCUAGCCGGACUCACACCAGUUGUUUCAGCCGGGCCAGCCUCCUCCACCACCACUACAAGCCCUAGCUCCGAAACUGCAACCACCCUCCAGCCUCCAACAACAGAUCCGACAACCACCACCACCGCUACUAGCACCACCACCGCCCCCGAUCCUGGAAUAUUCUCAGCCACUAAAGAUCAAAUCAUUUUCAGAUCAACCGGCAAACGAUCCACCGAUGCACAAACAUCACUUUUUACUCCGGAGAAAACGCUGCAGACCAUGGUGUCCAUGGUUUCCCAGCGCACAGCAAACGAUGCCUGGGCUGCAGAUAAAAUUGGCACAUCUGUUACCUCAAUAGAGAACAGUCAAGAGGGCAUUUGUAACUGCAGCAGCGGUGGUGAGGGGAUUUUGGAUCCGGACGAAUGCGAGCAGAGCACUGGUCAGUGUUCGUGUCUGUCGGGCUAUACCGGUCUGCAGUGUGAGGACUGUGAGGAGGGACACUUCACCAACGGCACCAGCGGCUGCCUGCCCUGCGCCUGCGACUCCUACGGUGCAGUGAACCACCUCUGUGACAGCUCAGGGAUAUGCAUGUGCAAGACAGGAGUGUACGGACCCAAGUGUGAUGAAUGCCACCCAGGUUUCUUCCACUUCAGUAGCACUGGCUGCCGGCCCUGCCAGUGUAACAACCACACCAACUACUGCCAUCCACAGUCUGGAGUGUGUCUGAACUGUGAGGGCAACACCCAGGGAUCCAACUGUGAGGAGUGUAAGCCUGGUUUCUACCGCAGCCCCAGAGCUGCCCUGACCGACCCCUGUGCACCGUGCCCAUGCUCCAACUCCACCUCCACUGGCACCUGUUACACCGAUUCCAGUGGCUCCCCAGUGUGUGACCAGUGCCUUCCCCGGUAUAGCGGCCCACACUGUGAUGAGUGCAGCUCCGGCUUCUACAGAGCAAAAGGGGCUUGUGUGCCGUGCAACUGCAGUGGGAAUGCAGACCCUCAGGGCCCCGCCCAGCUCUGUCACCCUGACACCGGCCACUGCCUCCGCUGCAUCAACAACACAAUCGGACCCCAGUGCCAGCUCUGUGCUCCUGGCUUCAUAGGGGACGCUCAAGCACAUAACUGCACCCGUCCAACACCCCGACUCAUUCCCACACCAGCAAAUACAAACACAACCGAGGCCCUCACAUCUAGCACAUCCUCUCCAGCACGAGGCCUCCCAGCCUCCACAUCCAGCAGCAGCAACACUAGCACCGCACUGAGCACAGCCGCCACCACCACCCAGGCUCUGCUGACCAGCCUGAGCAGCCCCACCGACAACACCACAGCAGCCCUGACUGAAGUCUCCUGGACGCAGUUCAACAUCAUCAUCCUGGCUGUCAUCAUCCUGGUGGUGCUGCUGCUGCUGGGCUUCGUGGGAGGCGUGUACACCUACCGGGAGUAUCAGAACCGCAAGCUCAAUGCCCCCUUCUGGACCAUCGAACUAAAAGAGGACAACAUCAGCUUCAGCAGCUACCACGACAGCAUUCCCAACGCUGACGUGUCGGGCCUGCUGGAGGACGAGGCCAACGAGGUGGCACCCAAUGGCCAGCUGGCACUCACCACGCAGGGAAACUGCUACAAGGCUUAGCACUCCAUCCAUCCCCCCCAAACCAGACACCUAGAUUUACAGAUGACACAAAGCUGCUGGAAAGUACCAAAUCCAAAGCUCCUAUAUGUAUGACUGCUUGUUGUCACCCUGCUUAUCUACAGCAUUCACAACACUUGGCAAACUGACAGAGAGAUCAAAAAUUUGGAAAAGAGAGUUUCCGUUUGAGGCGAUUUCCCUUUUUGAUAUGAUUUUGUGUGGAAUGGGCGAUUAGGGAAAAGGGGUCCAAAGAAGUUUUGUUUGAGUUGUGCCUGUAGAGGGCACAGAUUCGUUAGGUAAUUGGCAUUAGACAGGGGCAAAGCAUACACCUGUUUGCUGAAACAAUGAUCCUGACACUGGUUAGAGAACCUACAGGAGCCUAGCAUUUCAGAUAUUUUUAAAAUGGACUUUUGACUGUUUAAGUUAUAACUGGAUCACUUGUACAGUGAUCGUAAACUGAGACAAUGAUUGUUAUUUAAUGAAUUUUUAUUCUGUUCUUAUUUAUUGGUUGACGUUUCAUCCUUGGGAGAAAUGCUGCACAUGUAUGAUGUGUUUAUUCAUGGUGUUUUAUCUUAUGUGCUGUCAAAUGGUAAUUUAAAUUGGCCAAUAUGUUUUCAUGUAUAGUUUGUGUGUUCUGGAGAGAGUCGUAGGGGAAGACAAAGGCUGCUGGCACCAGCAUUUUAAUGACCUCAUUUUUUUGUUUAUAGCUUCCUGUUUUUUGUUCAAACGUGCCAGCUUACCUGGAGUAUCUAAGAGGAGGGUUUCUUUUAAGAAACUUCAACUGUAGUUUCCCAACUAUCCCCAUUUGGUUCUUCUACAAGGCAGUGACGCAUACUCGGCUUGCAUAAAAUGCCAUAAUCUUGUAAUCUAAUCUGCUCUUUGCUGCCUACCUCAGCAAAAUUUGAACAAACAGUUUCAAACGUGCUUCACACUCAUGGAGAGGGUUGGUUCUAUGACUCAUACAAUAAGAUCCUCUAAAUGUGUAAAACAUAGAAAGUGUUCCACUGUGGAUACUGUUAUGGAUUGAAACCAGUCUGCAGAUGGUAAAAACUAAAAAUUCUUUAGCCUACUGGUCCCUGUUAUCACUUACAAUCAAGUUGCGUCAGUUGGAGCGGUGAGUUGCUGCAAAGUGGAUGCACUUCACACCUGAUCCUGGACAUGGAUCCCAUGUUUUCUGUGUUAUUUAGGCUACCAUUGGUUGGGUGUGCUUCUUUUUACCACGGUGAAUGAGUAAAGCUAAUUAUGGAACUAACUCCUCAGGUACUGGCUCUUUCCCUAAUGUGAUCACUGUAAAUAUUAAUAUUGUACAGAUCAAUGUGAAUAGUAGCACUAUUAUUGUACAGGUAGAAUACUGUGUGUACACUGUCACUCAACAAGCUCCUAACCUUUCACUCUCCAGGGUGUGAUGUUGCAGUCAGCCCACAGCGUUUUGUAUUUUUAUUUCUUAUUCUCAGUGGACUUUGCCAUAUCCACAUCUGCAGGACUAAGAUGCACCCAGAACUAAUAACAAAAAAUAAUUAUGUAAAUAUUACCCCCAAAAGUCAGAGCUCAACUUUCAAAUAAAAAUGGGUUUAACUGUU